AUAUGAUACAAAUAUUCAGUUAGUCGUGAGAUUUGUUAACGUGACAAGGUUUUCAACGUAAAGCAGAAAAAAAAGAAAAAAGAAAAAAGACAAAAAUGAGGUGUCAUUUCUUUUUCCUCCUCUUCUAUUUAUUUGGAUAUGCCUGGUCGGAGGAAACAUGUCAAACGAUAACAUCGAAAAUGGCGAAAACAGUGACCUUCGAUUGUACGGAAUUGAACACGUUACGAGAUCAUUUGGAUUCGGCACAAAUUAAUACAACGAACAUAAUAAUACACGGAUCUAAUCUAAUUAAUAUAGCCGGGCAUACCUUCGUCAGAUUCGGUGCAACAUUACGAGUUUUGGAUCUCCACGAAAAUAAUAUUGAAGCUUUAGAUCGUCAAGUAUUUACAGGAUUAAUAAAUUUAAAUGAACUGAUCCUAUGGGGUAACCGAUUGACAUGGAUAUUCAGUGAUUGGUUCGUAAAUUUAUAUAAUCUCCGAACUCUCGACUUAUCGUUCAAUCUAAUACAAAGCAUAGAUUACAAAAUCUUCCCGUUGCUUUACCGCGUGGAAAACUUUUACAUAGAUUAUAACAACUUGAAAGCCAUUGAUUAUAACUUGUUCGUCUAUAUGGUGAACCUUAAAAAAAUUAAAUUCGGUAAAAAUCCUUGGAAUUGGGGAUAUCGUGCUUUACUGACCUGGGAAAUGGAGAACCGAAACAUUGAUUACUCUAGCGAAUGGGAUGAUUGGAAUUGGAUGAGCAACGUGAUAAAAGAUUGCACGGAAAGUGGCGAGGGUGAAAUUCCAAGUGAUAGUGUAAUCGAUUGCGCUGUCAGGAAACUGUUGGACUUUACGUACGAUACUUUGCACUUCUCUCCUAUUGGAUGGACAAACGAUGUUGGAUGCGCUCCGGAAGCCAGGAGAUUGAUCAGCUGCGUAAGACCACGGAAUGUUACUGAAAACACGGAUUAUCAAACAAUACGUAUGAUCCUUCAAGAUUAUAGUAGAAUUUUACUUCCCAUGAUACGAGCUCAUAGUCCAUUAAGUUAUACCUCUAAUUCCGAAUUGUAAUUUUUUAUAUAUUUAUAUAUAUAUACGUAUAUAAAAAUGUAACUACAUUGUUAACAAAAGUAUUACUCGAAUACAUAAACGCAAAUAUAUAUAUAUAUAUAUUGAUAAUCGUUAAAAGAUCUACAAUAUUAAUGAAUCAAUUUGUCCAUGAUAUAUAUAUAUAUAUACAAAUAUAUAUUAACAUUUCGUAACAAAUACGACACGUGUGUAUAUUUUUAAGGCGUUACAAUCUUCCAACUAAAUGGAUAAUGGCACGCGAGUGAAUUUGUAUAGUUUUGCUUGUCCCUUUUCUAUCGUUUUAUCCCCACCAUCGUUACAUUCUCAUUUCACGUUGUCACAAAAGCGAGAGAGCUUUCUUCUUUCGCGUACGCUCUUUUCUUUGUUCGCCUGCUAGUGGAAGCGACGACGACGACGACGACGACAAAUGAACUCGAUACGUAAACAUAGAGACAAAGUGGGAGAGAGGAUAGGAGACAGAGGGAAAGAAAGAAGAAGGGAGAGGGAGGGAGCUAGGCGAGAAUAAACACGUUUACUGGGAGCACGUUUCUGUUUUGAAAUGUUUUGUUAACAGAGUCACGGAAAUGUCAAUCUAAUUGUACUAACCUUUAAAACUAGUUUCAUCAUUUGCAAUCAUACAACUUGUAAAUUCUUCAACUUGGUGUUUUCAAUAGAAAUUAUAUCUCACAGAGAGCCCUUAUUUAUCAAUGUCCUGCUGUAAUGGUGAUAUAAGUUAAUAUAUUUUACAUCGUUAUAACUUAAUUAAAAGUUUCUGUCGGUAAAAUGGAUCUUACGUAAAAUAGGAUGUAGAUGUCAUUCUCUGAUUAUCACAAUUCGAACUCUCGAUGGACGUCUAACGAAGAUUCGUACUCAUUAUUCCGAGACAGUUGAAUCUUUGAAGCAACGAAUUGCUUGUAUUUAUCAAUCCCAAAGAAAUCAAGAUUGGCCACCAGAGAGAAUAAAAUUAUGGAUCGAUGGUUACUAUUUAGAAAACAAUCGUACCUUGUCCGAUUAUAAUUUAACUUCCAAAGAUAAGAUCAUUAUGCAAUUUUGUUAAUAACGAUUACACGUACAAUUGAUUCGCAAAGACAUUUAUUAUUCGAGAAUGUCUAUUAAAAAGAAAUUAACAUGAAAAUUCUGAUUAUAUUUCCCCGUUGUCAUAAUUCUUAUUGAUUUAUAAUAUAUAACAUAAAUGUCAAGUAUAAAGAAAUUAAAUUAACGUUUUGAGUGUACUUAUACAAACAUUGUAAAUAAAUUAAAGACUUAUUUAGAUAUUUCAAAAUAAAGCGAUUAGAUGAUACUUUCCAUUUAUAAUCUUGGUUUUUUAAACUAUAUAUAAUUAAAUGCAAGAUAAAA